AAUUCCCGGGGUAGAGGUGAGAAAACACUGAUGGCGGCCACAUGUCUGAGCAGUGAAUCAAAUCAUUGAAAUAUAAUAAUUCAAACGUGCAGGAUGAAGGACACGCCGCUGUCUAACUGUGAGAGAGACUUUUUACUGAGAGCCAUCGAAGAGAAGAAGCGGCUCGAUGGACGGCAGACCUACGACUACAGGAGGAUAAAGAUCACAUUCGGGACCGACUAUGGAUGCUGCUUCGUGGAUCUGGGAAAAACCAGGGUCAUGGCUCAGGUGUCGUGUGAGCUGGUGGCUCCUAAAGAGAACCGACCCAACGAGGGAAUCAUGUUCUUCAACAUCGAACUGUCGCCGAUGGCCUCACCGGCGUUCGAACAGGGAAGACAGUCUGAGCUGUCAGUGAAACUCAACCGACAGCUGGAAAGAUGCCUGAGAAACUCCAAGUGCAUCGAUACAGAGUCCCUGUGUGUGGUGUCGGGAAAAACGGUGUGGCAGAUCAGAGUGGACAUUCACAUGCUGAAUAACGACGGGAACCUGAUGGACGCCUCCAGCAUCGCCGCCAUCACCGCUCUGUGCCACUUCAGACGCCCCGACGUCGGCAUCCAGGGAGAGGAAGUGACAGUGUACAGUCCAGAGGAGAGAGACCCCAUCCCUCUGAGCAUCUACCACAUGCCCAUCAGUGUCAGCUUCUCCUUCUUCCAACAAGGGACUUACCUGCUGGUGGACCCGUGUGAGCGAGAAGAGCGAGUGAUGGACGGAUUACUGAUGAUCGCCAUGAACAAACACAGAGAAAUCUGCUCCAUCCAGUCCAGCGGCGGCAUCAUGCUGCUCAAAGAGCAGGUAAUGAGAUGCAGUAAAAUUGCGAGCGUCAAAGUGUCUGAAAUCACGGAGCUCAUCAGUAAAGCGCUGCUGAACGACAAGGCGGCCAGGAAGGCAGGUGGGAGAUGUGGUUUUGCCGAGUCGAUGCCUCAGGAGCGAAUCACGGCUCUGAAAACCGAAGAGACUCCCAUGGAGAUGAAAGACGUGACGGAAAGAGCCAAUGACAUCAUCCAGAAAGCCGAAGCCCCGCCUCCGGCGGUUUCGUCCCCUGUGGUGCCAGUCCCAGGUGUCGGGCAGGUGGGGCAGCAGAACACCUGGGGACUGGAGGAGGAAGAUGAAGAGGAUGAAGAGGAGGAUGGUGAAGAGCAGAAGGAGACAGUAGCAAAGAUGGAGGAGGAUCAGCAUGAAAUGGAGGACAGAGGAGCAGGAGAUGUGGUUGAGAUAUCAGACAGUGAAGAAGAGGAGGUGGUCAUACUUCAUCCAGAGAUACCAGGCAAAGCAGAAAAUACAGGCUCUGGUUCUCACCAGCAGGGGGCAGCAACAUCCCAGAAAAGGCAGAAAAAGUGAUUUUGUCUGACCUCCCUGCAGCACCAGCAACAGCCUUUCAUGAUGAACACUGUCCUGCUUUAACCCUCUCAACCCCAAGCAGUUUUCUGGUACUGUUGCAUUUUUACUCACCGUGGGCUUAUUUUUUUUUACUGCAAUAUGAAGUCCAGCACCUCUAUGGAAACAGGACAACCAUGAAGAAGGAGAAAGACCCAAAAUUGUCUCCUACACAAACCAUACAUCAGCUAUUGCCAUUUUUUUUUAAAGAAACGUGCAGAAUAAAGUGAUUUUGAUUAAAUAUUAUGAUUUUUGGACCUGGCUUGAUUUGGCUGAUCUUCUAAAGAAAGUAUAUAUCAUACAUGCUUACUUCACUGACUGUUGCUUGAUUGGUUGUUUGUUACAGUUUCUGGCUCCAAUAAAUGAUAGUCUUCAGUGAAUUAAGCAAUUCUUACCUGCUGAGAAUUUGAACGAUGACUCUGUAACUGCGGGACAGAAACAAAAUGAGUUCUUGUUAGACUCUGACACAGAUGGUGCUUGCAAAUGUACAGAGAAUGUAUUUUAACAGUUUUGUUUUUUUUGCAAGAAAAAAAUGAGAUCUGUAAUGCAAAUUGUGAAUCCAAUUAAAAAGGAAGAUACUUUUUGUAAA